AUGGAGCUGUCGUCUGAGUGGAAAUCUCUCUUCCCAAUAUCAUCAGUUUUCAAACCUCCACUUCUCCUCACAGAUUCAGACUCAGACUCAAAACCCAUAUUGGGUCCACUCUUCUUCAACCCUAAACCCAAAACCCUUUCUCUUCUCUUCACCUUUCCAUCUCUCCCAAACCUAAACCACGCUGCACCACCUUUCCUCCAAACCCACAACCUCCUCUCCUUCCUUCGCCUCCCUCUUUCCAACUCCCUCCUUCUCUUCUUCCCCACCGGUCCCAACUCCGACCGACUCGGCUUCUUGCUUCUCUCUAUCAAAGCUUCCCGUUUCCACACCUGGGGCGCCAAAGACGAUGACGUUUUACACGAAAGUACCGGGUUCGAGUACCGCAUUCUCAGGAUUGCGGUUAACCCCAACCCCAACCCCUUUCCAGGUAAUAAUCAUAAUCAUUCCACUGUUGUUGGGUAUUUGCUGGCUUCUACAUUGUGCUCUGUGCAUUGGUUUGUAGUUCAGGAAAUUCAUAAUUCUGGUAAAUUUCCCAGAGUUUCUUGUUUAGGUUCUAAGGUUUUUAAGACUAGUUCUGUUGUGUAUGCUUGUUGGAGUCCACAUAUACCCGAGGAGAGUGUAGUUUUGUUAGAAAGUGGUGCUUUGUUCUUGUUUGAUUUGGAGUCUUGUUUUAGAAGAAGUAGGACUUCCAAUUCCAAUGCGCGUUUUAGAGGGACUAAGUUGCCUAUAUCGUGGGAUGCUGAUGCUGAUGCUGAUGCUGAUUCCGGGAACUGUAAAUGGUUGAGCUGUGAAUUCAGUUGGCAUCCUAGGAUUUUGAUUGUUGCCCGGUCUGAUGCUGUUUUCUUGGUCGAUUUGAGGUUUGAUGGGUGUGCUGUGAGUUGUUUAGCUAAGGUUGAGAUGCUGAGGAUGUAUACUUCGGUUCAAAAUGAACGGUUUCUUACGUUUACAAUGGCAGGAUCUGAUGGUUUCUGUUUUGCAUUGGCCUCAGAUAGUUUGUUAGUUCUUUGUGAUGUGCGGAAACCAAUGAUGCCAUUGUUGCAAUGGGCUCACGGUCUUGAUAAUCCGUGCCAUGUUAAUGUAUUUAGAUUAUCGGAAUUGAGAUCAAACUCAAGGGAUGAUAAAUAUAGCUGGGCUUCUAAAUCAGGUUUUUGUAUAAUAUUGGGAUCUUUUCGGAAUUGUGAGUUUAAUCUGUUUUGUUAUGGACCUACUAUACCAACCCCGAGAGGAUCCAUUGUUUCUGAAGUUUUGAAAACCCAUUAUGCAUGGGAGCUUCCUUCAGAUCUCUUAUUGUCGGGUCAUGAGUGUCAAUGUGGAAGUUGUCUUGUGAGAGAGGAGAAUUUGAAGGAUGAUCUUCCUGAAUGGAUUGAUUGGCAGCAUAAGAAGGAAUUGGCUUUGGGUUUUGUCAUUUUAAACAAAGAUCUAUCAGCAAUGCUUUCUGAGUCGAAUGAAUUUGGUGGUUUUACAUUGAUAAGACUUAUGUCAUCAGGGAAGCUUGAAUCACAAAGCUAUUGUGCCUCGUGGAAGUUGAAAGAACUUCACACAGAACGGUUCCAUUUUAAAAAUAAUUCCCUGUAUAUUAUGGAUGAUGAGGAGUACAAAUUUCCUAGAAGAUUUAAGUACGUGAAACUUGAUAAACUCUCUGCAUAUUUGAAUGGUAGUCUAACUGAAGUCCUGGUUUCAAAAUUGAAAAAGCCUUGCAAGGGUCCUCGAGAAAAGGAAUCUUUUAGCUCAGAAUCUCAUGAAAUCUUGUGUGAGAAGUUGAAGGCUUGUGGGUUUGGUCGAUUGAGGUCGCCUCCUGCAGUUUCUGUUGUUUUUAAUGACAUCAGCUCGCCAGCAAGCAUACAUGAGGUUGCUUUGAGAAGGUUGUGGGCAGGCUUGCCAAUGGAACUCUUACAACUGGCCUAUUCCAACUACUCAGAGUUCCUUGAGGUACUUUUGGACCAGAAAAAAGUAUCUUUGGAAUUUCUAGUUGUCCCUGACCUACCUCAAUUGUCUCCUUUCUUCCUAAGAAGGCCUUCAUGCCGUAGCAAUAAGUGGUCACACAAAGUGCAGUGA